AUGCCCCCACCCACAUCACUACCUCAGUCUGCACCUGAAGCAGAGAUAUCCGCCUUUGAGGCUGUGGCAAAGCUCGACGCGGAGAGCCUGCUGCAUGUGGCCAUUCGGCAUGUCGACAACGAUGGAGUGUAUCCGCUCAUUCUCGACUAUCUGCUGGCGGAGGACGUCGAUCUCGAUGCCGUCACCGCUCUCGGCGACACUCCGCUACACUACGCUGUCGCCUACGCCAAGCCCAUGGUUGUCAAGUGGCUGCUUGUUCACGGCGUUGAUGUGUGGAUCCGCAAUGCGCUCGGCGAGCUGGCCGUCGAUCUCUCGGUCAAGCUCGCCUCGCGCGAGUCGGGCAUCGACAACGUCCGCCAGGAGGUCACCGGCCUCUUGCAGAUGUGGAUGCCCGAGGACAAGACCACGCUUGUCCGCCUCGCUGCCCAGUGGAAAGACUACCUCUUUGCUACACGCUCGCGUGCUAUGGCAUCGCUCUGGUCGGCAGCGCUCCUUGCUCUCCGCGAGUACGACUUCUUCCGCUUUUCUGCUGCCGUCGACUCGGGCCUCGACGUCAACGAAGCUCGCGACGAGACAGGCUUGACCUUGCUCAUGGCUGCUGCCCGCGCCGGCGCCUUGCGCUGCGUCACGUUUUUGCUUGAGCGUGGUGCCUCGACUGGACGGACCGACGCCGACGGCCGCACCGCCCUCCACUUUGCCAUCCAACCGGCUGCCACCGACGAGCACGUCGCUGUCGUCGCCGCCCUCCUCGAUGCCGGCGCGUCACCGCUCGUCUGCGAUGCUGUUCUCUGUGACGAUGGCACGAAAAGCGGCGCCACCCCGCUUGCCGCUGCUCUUGCGCUCCGCGACACUCGCCCGCUCGACCGCAUUGCUUCUCUUCUCAGCGAUGCCGAGCGCGCCGCUGCCCGCCCGGCCGGAGGCAGCUCGCUGGCCUCGGCGCGCGGCCUUGGCCGCUCCGGUAAGCGCAACACUCCCCGGUCCAAGAGGUCCAAGCGUGCGAAGCGGAGCACGCGAGGGAAGCGCAACGUCAGCCCACGGCGACGGGUCCUCUCCCCGCACCACACGGCAAAGUCAUGCCGGCGGCGGCGACGGCGCAAGCGCGGUGUGGCCAAGCCGCGACCGACCGCCGCCGCCCUCCCGCCUCGGCCCAAGCGCCGCACCGCACUCGAUGCCAUGGACGACGAGCUGUAUGAGCAGUCGAUCAAGGACAAGUUCAGCAUCGGAGAUCGAGUGGUUUACAAGGGCAACAAGGCGACGGUGAGGUAUGUCGGCCGCCCGCUGUUUGCUGACGGCGUCUGGGUUGGCCUGGCGCUCGAUGAGCCGCGCGGCCGGCACCAUGGCGUUGUUGAUGGCAAGCAGUACUUUCGCGCCAAUGUCAACUGUGGCAUUUUUGCCCAGCCAGCUGCUGUGGUCCGGCUAGCGAGCUAAACAUAGCCGGAGAGAUCGCCGGCUGACGGCGACAUGAUACGCAGCGCGUCCGAGGCGAGGACUGAUGCCGAAGAGACGUUGAGCAGGCCCGAGUCGUCACACGACAGCACAUCGCUCCUCGACA